CAUCAUGAUCCCACACAUAAAAGUAAAGAAGAAAAAAACAGUAGAAAAGGAGAACUAAUUCUCUUCUUUGCAGCACUUUUUACUCAAUUGUUCAAGCACUUUCUCAAAAAGAGAAAUGGAAUCUGCACAAAAAGACUCACUAGUUUCUCACUUUAGCCAUCCACAUCUUUUGGAACACACUAACAGUAACACACCCUCCAAAACAAACAUAAAGUGCUUUGCAUGCAACCUAAGAAUCACACAUGAAGAAGAUUACUACAUGUGUAAAACUUGUCCUUUUUUUCUUCACAAUGUUUGUUACAAGACACCUUUAAUAACAAACCACCCUUCACAUCCAAAACAUGAUCUAUUCCUCUUUGUUAUACCUUCAUCACCUGUUACAAAAACCACCUUCAAUUGCUUGGCUUGUAAGCAACAUGUCAUUGGUUUUUGUUAUCAUUGUUCUGAAUGUAACAUCUUCUUUCAUUCUCUAUGUAUCACACUUCCUCUCUCACUUUCAAUCACACAACAUCCGCAUAAAAUAAAGCUCGAAUUUUCGCCACCCUAUGAUUUCUUUUGUGACUUGUGUAACAAUAAUAAACCUAGUUAUAAAGGGUGGCUCUAUAGGUGUAGUAUGUGUGAAUUUGAUAUACAUAUAGCUUGUGCAGUUAAGAACAUUGAACCUCAUUUGUUAAGGCAAAAAGGGAGUGAUUAUAACUAUAAGAUCAUGAAUUUGGUGUCACAAGGAAUUAGAAAUGAGAGUGCAGUUUCUGGAUGGAAUAAGAAAUUGUUUAGUCCAUUGAAAAAACAUAGCACAAGCAAUGGAAAAAGCAUUGAAUUGCAAGAAACAGAAAAAAUCACAAGUACUAAUUCUGUUUCUUUAGAAAUUUUGGAAGAUAUUACUCCGCUUCGCGAUAAAAUGACUCCUCUUUCUGAUGAUAGAAGUCCACUAUCAUCAAGUCAACAAUUUAGUGACUCAUAUUUUUCAAUAGAUUUGAACAAGUCUUAUUCAACAAAUCAUCAUGAUCAUAGAAGUCAGGUACGAAAAGAAGUUAAUAGCGAUUAUAUUAGCCGAAAUGUUGUGUCAAGUAAUUCAAGGCAAGGUGAAGAAGAAUCAAUUGGUGUAGUUGAUUAUUGGCUAAAAAAUCAUUCACACAAGGAUAAGAUGAAUGCAGCAUUUUCCAAAGGAGGUAGUGAUUUUGAAGAAUCAAGUCAGAAAGUUGUAGUGAAAAAUCCUAAAGAAAGAUUGGCCAAGUGGCCUGUUAAAGAUCAAACAGCCAUAAGAGUAGAAUCAGAAAGAAGCAACCAUUCAGGUUGGAGGAAGUUGCUAAAUUGUUGCCUUUAGCAAGUGCCACAAGUCUCAGAAGUACUUCACACAAGUUUUUUCUACAAAGUACUACUUGAUAAAUUUAGUCUUAUAUUGCAACAAUUAAAAAAAAAGUGAGACCCUCCUUAAUUUGUAUUGAUUAUUUUUGAAACAAUUAAGUUAUAAUUUUUGAAUGCAUUUACAGAACAU